AUGGGGCUGCACCGCAAGAGUGAUGGGAUGGGGGACUUGCAGUGCCCAAGCAUGGACCCGUUCACGCUGCUGGGAGUGGGGUUCGAGGCAGCGACCUUGACCCUCAAGGCUGUGCAGGUGUUGCAGAAAUCGAAGAGCAAAAGCGGGCGCCAGCAGGUGGCGGAGGUGGCGCAGGCGGUGCGCAACCCGGCGUGCCUGCUGGCGGCAGUCAGGCGCGGCGAUGCGGAGCUGGUGGAGAUGCUGCUCGAGAUGGGGGCAGACCGCAACAUCGACGCCGGCCACAAGCUGCGCUUCAGGAACGAAGAUGUGGUGGGUGUGACGCCGCUGAUGGUGGCGGCGGGCAUGGACAACGUCUCGAUGGUGCACGUGCUGCUGCACCACGGCGCAGACAUUGACGCAGCGGCCCGCAAGCGGAGCGGCACCCGCUGCACCGCGCUGGUCUUUGCCGCCAUCUGCGGCAAGUACCGCGCGGCGCGGCUGCUGCUGCAAGAGGGCGAUACCGCCGGGGGCGGCCUCGACGACCUGGGAGUGACGCUGCUGAUGGCGGUAGUGGGCAAUGGCGACGAGCAGAUGGCGGAGCUGCUGGCGGAGUACGGCGCGGAUGUGGAUGAGGAGGGCACGUAUGGCUGGACGGCCCUGCAUUACGCCGCGUUUGAAGGCAGGGGCGCGAUUGCCGUCAAGCUGCUGAGGGUGGGGGCGGAUGCUGGCGUGGAGACGUCUCGGCGUCGCAACAGGCGCGGCACUGUGGUGUGGCCAGGCCGCACUGCCUUUGAUGUUGCCUGGGGCCGGGGCAACACCCGCCUUGCGGCCAUGAUCAGGUCCUGCUAG